AUGUCACGCUACAAGGAUGAAGGUCCUUCAGUGUCUUUUCAGAUUCCCAAACUCAUUGAUAAUAAAUUGAAAGGUUUUACCGUUUGCGCUGUUUAUUCAUCUCUUCUAGACAAGAUGAUAUUUGAAGAUCUUCACUAUCUUACAAUUUCUAAUUAUACCGAAGGUAUUGUUAAAAGGAGGCCAGUUGCACAAUAUAUUCAGGCAUCCCUUGAAGAUCACCUGUGUCAAAGCUUAGUGAGGUCACAGGACUCUUCAAUGGCAGAGACUUUUGCUUCAAAUUUUUUUUGGCAGACUAAUCAACAUCUUCUCUACUAUCCUUUGUUCAAACUCUCUUUUGAGAGUGAGAAGUUUGACAUACCUUACCCUUUCACUGCCCUUAAACUCCUCCUUCAAUUGUUCCCAGGCUUGCUUGGCUGUCUUGAGGCCAACAAUGCUCGAGAAAAUUUCCUCCGUGAUUGCAACAUGAAUAUCAUCAGCAUUGAGAAGAGCCUCCAUCCAAAAUCAUACCCCUCUCCCUUGAACACCGAUGGAACUGGUAGGCUAAAGUUGCUCGACAUCUCCGAUCUUCGUCACAGCAUAAACAAAAGAGAACCAUAUUACAUGUUAGUAAAACCUUACUUCACUAACAAGCUCUUUAGCAGGCAUGCCUUUAGGGAAGGUGCUCCUGUCCAAGGUUAUGUUGAAUUAUCGAGAGGUGUAGUCAUUCAUUCAGGAGGACUGCUGCUAGCUCUUGAAGCUCUUGGGUCAUUUCUGUAUGGUAGUACAGUAGUUGAAUGGAGAAGUGCUUUAGAAAGGUUGAGAAGAAUUCCUCACAGCCAAAUUCAGGAUAAACUUAGAGUAAGUUAUGAUGGCCUGAGCAGUGACAAAGAGAAUGAUAUGUUCCUUGAUAUAGCUUGUUUCUUUAUCGGAAUGGACAAAUACUAUGUUAUUCAAAUUUUAGAUGGUUGUGGCUUCCUUGCAGAAAGUGGAGUAAGCCUUCUUAUGCAGCGGUGCCUUGUGACAGUUAAUGAGGAUAACAAGUUAGUGAUGCAUGAUUUGCUUCGAGAUAUGGGGAGAGAUAUUGUUCGUGAAUCAUCACCGAAGGACCCAAGAAGUACCAGAUUGUGGCUUCAAGAAGAAGUUUUUGACGUCUUGGUUAAGCACAGGAGACUAAGACUGCUUCAACUGACUGAUGUACAAUUCAGUGGAGGUUGUGAGAAUUUUUCCAAAGAGGUGAGAUGGCUCUGUUGGCGUGGGUUUCCGUGGAAGUUCAUUCCAAACAACUUUUAUCUGGAAAACCUUAUUGCAAUGGACAUGCGCUACAACAAUUUAAGGCGAGUUCGGAAUGAUUGCAAGUUUCUUGGGAAGUUGAAGUUCCUCAAUAUGAGUCACUCACAAUUCCUCACGCAUACUCCUGACUUCUCAAAACUCCCCAAUCUCAAGAGUUUAAUAUUAAUAAACUGCCAAAGUUUGGUCGAGAUUCACCAUGCCGUUGGACAACUUGAUAAACUUGUGCUAGUAAACUUGAAGGAUUGCAAGCAACUUAAGAAUCUCCCAGGAAGCUUCUCUAAGCUGAAGUCCCUUGAAACUCUGAUUCUUUCUGGCUGCUCAAGGUUUGACAAAUUGCCUGAAGACUUGGGGGACUUAGAAUCAUUGAUAUCCCUUAUUGCAGAUAACACUGCUAUAGCACAAGUACCACUUUCCAUGGUAAGAUUGAAGAACCUCCAAAAAUUAUCUCUUCGUGGCUGUAAGGUAUCUCCAAUUAAUUCAUUGCCUUCUCUCUUGUGGUCUUGGGUUUCAUCACGAAAAAAUCCUACCCCCACCAUCCUCUUGCCUGCUUCUUUGCAUGGCCUAAGCUCGUUAAGAGAAUUGUCGCUCGUAGUCUGUAAUCUAUCAAAUGAUGCACUCCCAAAAGAUAUCGGGACUCUUCGCUUCCUUGAGCAUUUGGAUUUGGGAAGCAAUUGUUUUCAGUAUCUACCGCACAGCCUUAGUGGCCUUGCUAAUCUUAAAACCUUGUCCCUUUCGAUCUGCAUGUUUCUUGCGUACUUGAGCCCUAUAUGUCGUGUGACUCAGACUCACUCUUCAUAUAUAGUAGAUCCGGCAAUUCCCGGACCAUCCUCAGCUAUAUGUUGUGCAGGGCUAUGCCCGCGCUUCACGGGUGGUGUUAUUUACAACAUGUCAAGAUUAAAUUACCCUCUCGCAAUCUAG